ACGAAAACAGCUGUAGCACAAAACCUUUCAAAGCUGCACUUCACGACUAGACUAUAAGAAAUGGCAACGCUUGGAAAAGGUGCAAUCUUUUUAAUUUUGUUUUUCCUGUGGUGCGCCUAUGUUGUCCUUGGAAUCUUUGUCUUUGCUGCAACAGAAGGAAAUGUGGUGCAUAAUUCUCAGGAGCGAAGAGAACGACAGAACAUGACUGGCUUGAAAGCUGAAACGAUGGAGAAACACAACAUGACCGAAGCUGAGUUUGAGACCCUCGCGAAGAAAAUUCGUGAGGUGGCGAACUCGCACGAGGAUUAUCACGAUGAACGCCGAUGGAAUUACAUAGAUUCAUUUUGGUUCGUGGUCGUUCUCCUCACGACUAUUGGUAAGGAAAAAAAAAAAUUGAUGUAAUUAAUGCAAAAAUCACGAGUCAACCCGGCGCGAGUGAGUCCUCACGACUCAGAAAUAACAAGGGAACUAAGGCGUCGGCUGGGUUUGUUUUUAUUUAAUUAGACAUGACUCUUUCAUGGCAUAACAAUAAUAAAGAAAGAUUGCUCCAUGCAUUAUGAUUGAAAAGGUAUCAGAUCAAGCUGUUGAUAACUUUAUGUUUUCUUUGCAAAGCAUCACGAAACAUGCUUUCAAAUACUUUACAUGGAAGAAACACGUAGUCAUUCAGUCGCAAUUUCAAAGUUCUUACUGUUUUCAUUUCUUUUCAAGUAGUUUUCUUUCAUUUUCAUAAACAGACCGAAGUAACCAUUGAAUAUUUGCAUAUCUUGCAACAAUAAAAGUGAAAAUUAGGGCUUAAGAUCAGUUGAAGCAACAUAAAAAUUUAUUUCAGGACUAUCACUGUUUGGGAAAAAAAUAUCGAAAUAACCGGCACUAUUUAUGGGAACGUAAACCCAUUUCCUUUUUAAGUUCGUCCAAGUUUUUAUAAAAGUGUCAUCAACUCUGAGAAUGGACAGCUGGAUUUAAAACAAUCAACCCUUUCACUCUCAAGAUCUCGAUAGUAAUUAUCCUAACUAUCUGCCAUACAAUUCUUAUGGUGGGAGUUUGGAGAUCGUUGUAUUGGAUUAACUAUUAAUCCUCUAAUUUACAUAUAUAUAUUUCUUUAUUCUCUUCACUUGUCUGCUUGAUUUUGUUUCGACAUUGUAAAGAGAAAUUCUGCCUUGGUCAUGAGAAAAUCUACCAAUGCGUACUUUAAUUCAGAACAUAGAUCAUGUCGAGGUUAACCUUCGCGAAGAACUCUCGAAGAAAAAACCUAUCGUUUGCGAGAUCAUGUCUUGGAGUAAAUUUUGUGGAAGUGAAUUAAUCCACCUGCUGCUUUAGUGGAUCCGCUUUCUCGGUCUUCUAAUUUUCUCUUGAAACAAACAGAAUGCAUUAAAAUAACUGGACCUUUCCCAUUUGAAGCGCAUUUUCACAGUGUCUUGUAAUCACAACCAAAGAAAUAACAACAGUCAAUCGGAACAAAUAUUCUAUUACAAGGAGCCAAUCAGAAAUCAAAGUUUAAAAAGCGAAUCUGCCUGCAUAAUCAGCGGUUGUUAUGCACUCUUAAAGUCACGGCUUCACUGCUCUAUUGUGAGGCUCUGCCACUGAAUGCUGCGAAGUAAUUCGCAAAAAUGUCAGCAGCGUGACACGUUAACGGUUGGUUUUAAUCUAGCUUCUGAUUGGUUGAGAAGAUGGCGCGGGUGUUUUGGACCAAUCACAGGUCGAAGUAAAUACAAAUUCAGUGAACCCUGUAUUACUUGCGACACUCAAUUAAGAAAACCCCUUUUAACGCCGUGUUUACUUCACUCAGGUUAUGGCGACUUGUACCCAGUCACGGUCAUUGGCAAGGUCGUGUGUGGGUUGUACGCCGUAUUUGGCAUCCCUAUAACCAUCUUGCUCCUGCGAUUUAUUGGCCAGCAGAUGCUACGCGGAGAAAGAGCGCUGAUCUCCACAAUUGAGAGAAGUUGUUUGAAAAGAAAUGGGCCUCCGUGUCACCUGAACGAAAAAUGUUUCGCGUUUGGUUGUCUAUACUUGUUAAUAUUGGUCCUUGGGGGAGCGGGUGCUUCAAUGGUAACAGAGGAAGGGUGGAGUUAUGGGGGAUCCAUCUACUUCUACGUCAUCACAUUCACGACCGUCGGUUUCGGAGAUAUGUAUCCUCAAAAAGGAAGACAUGUCACCAUACCGUUCAUAUUCCUCGGUCUGACCGCCAUCUCGAAUAUUCUUCACGCGGCUGCUGCAUGGGCGCUGGUCAGACGUGUCACUGCGGGCUCAGACGAGAGCGAAGAAACUACGAAGUUGACGGAAUCAACAGAGAAAGGAACUGAGGUUUAGAUGAAAAGAUGAAAAGUAACCUUGUGGAAAAACGUACUGUCGAUUCAAACAGCUUCCUAUGUCAAGAAUAACCAUUAAAAGUAUACUUAUUAAGAUAAUUACAAUCAGCUGAAAAUGUAGAAAGUAGUGUAGAAGUGUAGUCGCGUAAGACCCAAAGAAAGUUAAUCUCAACAGCCUAGAUUAUUUUCAAGGUAACUAUAAGUAAAAUAAAAAAACGAACAAACUGGGAAAAGCGCAGGAAAACGUAAAUAGUUAAGUCCAGUGCGAGUUUGUUUAGCUCGCUACCUGAUUGGUCGAGAGGGUGGCACAAGUGAGGCGAGUUUUUUUAGACCAAUCAGAGCGAAGUAAAGAGACUUGAGGUAAUCCUUGAUCGUUUUGACUUAGUUACUUAGACACUCAAUUUUGAAUUAAUUUGACUUAGACACUCAAUUUAACGAAGGACAGGAAUUUCUCGCUCUGGGUCUUGCACCACUUAGUUUGUGUGCAUUAGGGAAAGCAAAUUAAAUUCCUUCGUUGUGUACAAGCGCUGGGGAUGUAAGUGAAGGAAAUCAAACUAAACAUCGGACAAAGUUUUAACCUCUGAGUCGAUCCUGUGACAGGAGGGGGGGUUCCUCAGCCCCUCUGAUA